AUGAUCACUGAUGACGUUUUAGUUUAUAGGCACACAGGAAUGCUAUCAAUAUUGUAUUUAAUUAUAUUAUAUAGCACUUGUGAUUACACUGUUUCGAGUCUCUCUAAUGACCUUCAUACCCAAGAAUUACUCCUUUGUCGUAAAUGUGGCACAGAUGUGGUUGAUUCAUAUUAUUUAUUCAAUAAGUUGAGCCCUGGUGCGCAUAAAAUUGAAAAACAAAGUAUGUUUGGGAAACAAAAUGUUACAGUACAAACACUUAUUAAUCCAUUUGGAAUAAACUUUGAAAUUAUAACUAGUGAAAAGGCAAGAUGCAAGAACAUUGGUCCCAGUCAAGGUGCAGAUUCAUGGUUUCCAGGAUACACUUGGCAAAUAUGUGUAUGUCCACACUGUGGACAACAUAUAGGCUGGACAUUUACUCGUUCGGAUUUAAAUACUAAUGAUGAAGAUCAAAAUAUAAUUCUAUUUCAUGGCUUGAUUUUAAAUAAUAUUCUCGGAGAAAACUUCACGGACUCACUUAUAAUGAUGCCAAAGAUGUAUAAAAUGUAA